UUGCUGUCGGAGAGUUUGAAAGAUGCUAGAAAAAGCGAGCGGCAAAUCACUGUUUGUUGGAUAGACUUGGAGAACGCGUUCGGGUCGAUACAACACGAAUUGAUGCUAUUCGCGCUUAGAUGGUACAACUUUCCACCCCUAGUUAGAGAUAUGAUCGCGUCGUAUUACUCAAAAUUAAGGUUUUCUAUAAUAACUAAAGAAGGCCCUUCAAAAAGUUUGAGCUAUAAUGUAGGACUGUUUCAAGGUUGUUGUCUAUCUCCAAUUACGUUUAAUAUCGUUAUUAACAUCUUAGUAGACAAAUUAAUCUGUAACGAGAAAAAAUGGGGUUAUCGGUUUAAGUUUAAUAAUAAAUACACGGAAUCCAUUUUAGCCUUCGCUGACGAUCUCGCAAUACUGACACGUAACCCCAAACACUGUCAAGUACUAUUGGAUGAAGUGGAUAAAUUCUGUGAAUGGACGGAUGGAUUGAGGACAAAACCCAGUAAAUGUCAUUGUCUGUGUCUUGGUAGGCGGAAUACAAGAUACACCUCAUACGAUCCGGGACUAUCGUUAGGCGGUCAAUGCAUUUCUACGGUUACGGAAAAUGCACCAUUUAAAUUUCUCGGUCGUAAGAUUGAUAAUAUAGGCCGUACUCCAUCUUUAGAAGGAAUAGUAGAUAGGUUUUUGAACGAUCUUAACAAGGUAAAUAGCCAACUGAUAAGUAACGUCAAAAAAGCGUGGAUCUACGAGAAUUACUUAACUUCACGUUUGAAUUGGCCUUUCCUCGUCUAUGAUUUUAAUAAAACCCUUUUGUCAAAGUUAGAUGCAGGCGUCAUAAAUAUGUUGAAGUUGUGGCUCGGGCUUGCUCUAACGGCUGAUUCAUCGGCGUUAUUUAGGGGAAGCAAUAGUUUUGGGAUGAGUCUAAAAAGGCCAUCGGAGCUCUAUAAACACCUAAGAGUUCCCAAGAGAUAUAUCCUGGGGAAAUCCCAUGAUGACAUAGUGACAUCGCUCCCAAAAGAUGAAGAUGCCCCCGAGCUAGAGUCACGACUUCAAUUCCAUAAGCAAUUUAUGAUAGGAGCACAAAGUAACAGAGCGGGGUUAGGAUCAAAUAGGAAAGUCCAAGAUGCGGAUAUAUUGAAGUCUUUUAUUCGGCAAGACGAGAAUGAUAAAUAUAAGAUCCAUGCAAUGAAUUUAGAAAUGCAGAACGAGUGGUUAGACAUAGGAGAUUUUUGCAUCCCAUUAGCAUUAAAAUGGCGCACUUUAAUUUAUGAUUGGUCGCCAGCAUUGCUAAAAUUCUAUCUUAAUGCGUUCCAGAUGACUCUCCCAGAUCAGAGUAAUUUAGUAAGAUGGGGUAAAAGUACCGAAAAAACUUGCUAUAUCUGUGGAAAGGCAGUUGGAACUGCUAAGCAUCUGCUGGUGGGAUGUAAGGUACUCCUGGACAGCGGUCAAUACUCGCGUCGUCACGAUAGGGUUCUAGAAGUCAUACGUGAAGCGGUUAGUCUUUCGGUAGCCAGAGCGCAAAAGGAAAUAACCACAAACGAACGAUCAGUAGGUUUUGUGAGAGAAGGCACUAGGGCUACAAAAUCAAACGUCAAGCCUUACUCCAUCCUUAAAGCGGCGUCGGAUUGGACUAUAAUGAUGGACACGUAUGAAAAGCAAUAUAAAAUCCCCGAGGAUAUUUGUGCGUCGGCCUCCAGACCGGAUAUAUUUUUGUUUUCGCGAAUUUUAAAGCGCGUAGUGAUGAUAGAGCUUACGGUCCCUUGGGAAACCAACAUCCCCAAAGACCAUACCAUCAAGGUCAACAAAUAUUACGAGCUCAAAAACGAACUCACUCGAAAUAGGUUCGUAGUAGAUUUGUACGCGGUAGAGGUAGGAGCGAGAGGUAUAACAGCGAAAUCUCUCUACAACCUACUAAAGGACUUGGGCUUGUCCAGAACUCACAUUAAUGCAUUCUUGGAACGUAUAUCGAAAGCAGCCCUAGUAGGUUCUUCUCAAAUUUGGUUAGGUAGGGAGAGGAGCUUGGACAGUGGAGGUGAGCGUAUAACGCGCGUUUCAUAA